CAAGCGUACACAGCUUUACCCAUGUACUCCGACGCGUAAAUAACAUAACAUCAACAACAAGCAGCAGCUCGACUGAAUGCAAAAAAAGUGUUUAUCUGAGCACGGUCAAAAACUCAACACGUUUCGGCAAAAAGACUGCCUGUCUGCCUGACUUGCGAACAACAUCAUGCACACUCAUUUGGAAUGCUCGCUCAAGUGUGUUUGUCAACCAUCACAUCACCUUGUAAAUAAAUUUGUGAUAUACAACAACAGCAAACAGAACAGAAGUGCAAGAAUCAUAGAGGGGUGAACGAUUCACCACCACCAAAGCAACAUUAAAGGCUCACUUCAUUCGCACUCCUGCGAUAUAUGCUGCCAAGAUGAGUACAAAGAAGGAACCUAAUCAUCGUGGUACGCUGGUAUGCGUUGUUCUAAAAGCGAAGAACUUGCCAAACAAACGCUCCAUCGGAAAACAGGAUCCAUAUUGCGUUCUUCAAAUGGGCACAGAACAACAAAAGACAAAGCCAGACAAAAGAGGAGGACAACAUCCAACAUGGGAUGAACAAUUGCAUUUCGAAAUCUUUGAGGAUAUGGAAGAUCAAUUACGCAAAAAGAGCGCAGAUGAAAAUGGAUCAAUCUCACAAGCAUCGACAUUAUCGUCUGCAGGAAGGAAGAAGGACAAGAGUGGUAAAACCUUACGGGUAUCGUGUUAUGCAGACGAUAACAAAGAGCCCGAAUUCAUCGGAGAAGGUUUUGUGGAUUUGACGGAUACAUUGCGAAGUGGUGAAUUUGAUGAAUGGGUCACGAUCAAAGCUAAAGAUCGUUAUGCUGGAGAAGUAUACUUGGAACUCACUUUCUAUUCUUCUGCCGCACCUCCGAAACCAAAAAAGACUCCCAAACCUUACGUUGGAGCAAAUACAACAUAUGGAGGUGCAGGAACAUUCUCGGAAGACUUUGAUGAAUCCGAAUUUGCACCUCGGCCACCGGAAAAGCAAAGUUCAGGUCAUGCUCCUAUUCCGUCCGGGUUCAUGCGUGGUGCGGGUAGUGCAAGCUCAUCGCAAUUAUCGGCAAUGCCAGCUCAACAGUCCAGGCGUGGUCAGAAUACUUCGGGAAUGACUUCCUCUCACUCUCAUGCACAAUUUGGAAGUAUAGCAGGAUCAGAAAGUGUGCCAUCAGCAUUGCGGCCCAGUGCUUCUUUAGCACAGAUUGAUUCGUAUACGCCUCCUUAUGCUCCUCCUCAUAUCCAACGUGAGAGAAGUCCAGCACCUUCGUCAACUCCUUCGAGCUUUCAAGAUGGUCAUCAAAGGUCAGACAGUGCUGCAACGAUUACACCAUCGCCUAGUGCACAAUUUUACGGGCACAGAUUACCUGACGCAGCUCCUUCAACCAUCGUCGCCCAACGUAUGCAGGAGAAUUUACGAAGACAAAGUCAACAAAUGUCUGGCAGUAGUACGUACAGUCAAUUGCCGCAUUCGACUUCUGUUUCCACUAUUCGACCAGGGCAUGGCGGCGGAAGUGUGAGUGAGGUAGGAGGUGGAAUGGAUGAGCUUGUAGGAUCGAUGUCGUCUAUAUCCAUGGGUCACAUCCCACAAGGUCCAAGCACAGCAGAGCAAAUUCAACAGCAACCGGGAAUGAUUCCUACAGCUGCUUCAAGUCAAAACUUGACACAAUAUCCUCCUUAUCAUCCUCAAAGUGCGAGUUAUGGUCAGUCAAUCGUCACCUCACCUACAGGCAUACCACCAAGUCUGAGCAUCGAUCAAUUUGGCCGUCAAGUGUUGACUCAAGCACCUCCUACUAUGCCUGGACAAGCUGGCAGCCAGCACUACGCAUACGGUGCACCACCACCUCAACCACAACAAGAAGUGUAUCAACAACCUUACCAACCACCCACUUCUCCUGCACCGCCUUCAAGUGCGAUUUAUGCCACUUCUUCGCCGUAUCCUGCACCCCCUACGGCAGCUUACAACUCUACGCCUGUCCAUCAGCAACAGUCAGCUUCGCAUCUGGUGCCUUCACAAAGUAUGUCUUUCAGACCUUCUUCACCAGGUAUUCCUGGCGCUCAGCAGGCUCCUCAACCGCCACUUCCACGAACGCAUACGCCUGGUGGAUAUCAUGCCUUGCCCACUAUUCCAACAGGUCAGUCGACUCAACAAAAUCUGAAUGAGGGUCGUGCUCCAUCUCCUCUACCUUAUCAAAGCAACAAUGUCCAGUAUCCUCCAGCACCUGCUUCGUACAUUGGUCAACCGCAAGUGAUGCCAAAUGCAAGUAGCUCAACUUCACCUCCAAAACCUUCUGGCAGACCUUUGCCAUCCACAACGCCAACACCUGGUCCGGGAAUUAGUACGCCAUCUCCCGCUCCUUAUGCUCAAGCUGGACAAGGAUUACCUGGAGGUGCAUACUAUGGCGCUCCACCUGCACAAACUAGUCCAAAUUAUCAACAACCACCUCAACAGCAAUAUACUCAAAUGCCUGGUCAAUCACACUCAAAUCCAUCUCCUCAAAAUGGUGUGCCUCCCCAACAACAGCAAGUUCACCCGCAAGCAUAUAGCGGUCAAGUGAGCUAUCCUCCUCAACAACCGCUUCAAGAGGUACACUAUAAUGGCUAUGCACCUCAACAGGGUUAUGCACCACAGGCGGGUGGGAUGGUACCAUCAAUGUCGAGCACACAUAUGGCUCAUUAUCCACCACCUCCACCAGGUACAAAGCCUUCGGAGUAUGCUGGUCACAGUCCUGUGAAUCAUUAUGCACAUCCUCCUCAACCACAACCACAGCAGAUGGGUCAAUAUGGUUAUCAAAAUCCGGGCAUGCAUCCGGACAUUGGUGCACAACAGCAAGGUCAGCCACAUGGUUUAUCAUCUGCACCUUCACAACAUUUCACACCGCCAAAUCAACCGCAGCAAUACUAUCAUCCGACGCAUUCUCCAGCACCAACGCCGUACUAGAGAGGAAGAAGAGAAGUUGAAAGUAGAAUUGUCGAGAAAAUAUGAUGAAAUAAAACCCAUUCAAUGCACACG